UCAAGACAGGCAACAACUGCUUAUUGUUGAUUGACCCUUCAGCCGCACUCACCCCAACUCAUGUCUUCUGCCACCCUGCUUCGCCGGAUUCUGGACUCCCCAGGGAUUCACCAGUGCCCUGCUUGUUUCGAUGCUCUCAGUGCCAAGCUGAUCGAUAGAGCUGGCUUUCAAUGCUCUCUUUCUGGUGGGUUCUCAAUAUCAGCUGCCAGACUGGGAAUGCCUGAUGCAGGGCUUAUAUCAUAUGGGGAAAUGUUGGAACAAGGAAGACUGAUUACUCAAGCUGUGUCCAUUCCUGUUAUUGGGGAUGCUGAUACUGGAUAUGGCAAUGCCAUGAAUGUUAAAAGGACUGUUAAGGAAUAUAUCAGAGCUGGUUUUGCUGGGAUUAUGCUUGAAGAUCAGGUAUCACCAAAAGCUUGUGGCCAUACUCAAGGGAGGAGAGUAGUAUCAAGAGAGGAAGCAGUGAUGCGGAUAAAAGCAGCGGUUGAUGCUCGGAAGGAGAGUGAUUCGGACAUUGUUAUUGUAGCUCGAACUGAUUCUCGCCAAGCCGUGUCUUUUGAAGAAGCAAUCUGGAGAACAAAGGCUUUUGCUGAUGCUGGAGCAGAUCUUCUUCUCAUUACUGCAUUAACUUCAAAAGAAGAGAUGAAGAGUUUUUGUGAAACCUCUCCCUCAGUUCCAAAAUUGGCGAAUAUGCUUGAAGGAGGGGGCAAGACCCCAAUUCUCAGUCCAUCUGAGCUUGAGGAAAUUGGAUAUAAAGUUGUGCUCUAUCCACUAUCCUUGCUUGGGGUUUCAAUUCGAGCAAUGCAGAUUUUUUACACCAUGAAAGUGACUCCAAAAUUGCUAACUGCAGGAUGCUCUUACCUCUAUUAAAGGUGGGCAUGUUCCUCAUGAAAGCAUGCCAUCUUUUGAAGAGAUGAAGGAAAUACUUGGUUUCAAUGAGUAUUAUGAAGAAGAGAACAUGUAUUCUACCAGUACCAGUCAUUAAUUUGUCUUCAUAGGGGAGCAAGAUACCUUUUACUGUGGAACACACACAAGUUCAUCAAUCUUUUAUGACACUCUUACAAGGAAAAAAAGACAUGAUUUCCUAUUUCUCUUUUAGGGUUCGUUUGGUAAGCCGUAUAAGAGUCGUAUUAUAUUUAAUAUCAGCGAGCACUAUAUUUGAAUAAAAUUUUGUAUUGUAUUAAUUAUUACGACUAUAAAUAUUAAUACAAUGUGAAUAUGUUAUUUAAUACAUAACAAAUGAUCUAUGCUAUCUUGUAUUAUAAUAAUUACAAAGGGCAUGGGGUUACGGACCCGGAUCACGGCCCCACACUCAACCCCAAUCACAGACCCUAGACCUGGACCUUAACCUUGAAGACACUCAAGCCAAUCCUGGGACUUUGAUCAAGACUUAUAAAGGUCGAAUAAGUUAAGAUAUCCUAUUUGAGGGUCCCGUGGCACCUCUAGGAAACUUAUGAGAAUCUUAACCAGUCAUUUG